AUGGGCCUCCUGCUUCUUCAGCUCCUCCUGGGUCUGAGCUUGGGGUUGGGGCUGCCUCCCGGUGCUUAUGCUUGCCUGCAGUGUGAGGCUCCUUUUCGCCAGGCCCUGGCCAAGGCCCGAGUGCGCCUCAUGGCCCGGAACUUCCGUAAUGAGCGGCUGCGGGCCCGAGCUCAGGCCCUGCUGCUGGGCAUGGAACGAGAAUUCUUUGCUAACUACGCCACCCGAGCUUAUGUGGGGAGAGUGGGACUUGGCCAGCUCUCUCCAGUGGUGGCUCUAGCUCAGAAGAAGAUUCAAGAAAUCCAGGAGACAUACCUGACGGAUGGGCCACUGCUGGACAAGCUGGUGAGAGUACGGGGGGAGAUAAUGAAGUCAUUGAAGAGGGCUCUGAAAGAACACCAGCAAAAAGACCACAUGGGCUCCCAGGUCCUCGACUGUCUUCACUGUAACCGCGUCUAUGCGAGAUGUCUGAAUCCAACAAUAUGCUUUGGUGAGGAGCAUAGGGCGGCCCCUGGGUCUAGGGCAGACCGCCAGCCUCGUCUUGCCCUUCGCUACGAACUCCAGGGAAUCUCAGUGAGGGAUAGGAUCGGGAAAGCCAGGAUCAUGGUGGCGUGUCUGGGAGUCAUCACUAUCGGAGUCCUCGCAAUCUCGUGA